CCCAAAUCGAUUUGGGAUCAUAGAACCCUAAUUUCCAUUUCUCUAUCUUCUCUUCUUUUUACAAGGAUGAUGAGCCAAAGUUCAAGCUCUGAUGCAAAUUCAAUUAGCCGUAGAUGGGGUCCUCUUUGCAAUUGUGGUAGGGCAACGUCGGUUACGAAAGCAUGGACAAAUGAAAAUCCGGGUAGAAGAUUCUUCAGAUGUGGUGUUCAUGGUUUCAUCAAUUGGGCAGAUGAAGAGAAGCCAUUUGGUUGGCAGAAAGUGAGCUUGUUGGAGGCGCGAGAUGAAAUUCGUCAGCUAAAAGAGUCUCUAAAGGCAAUGAAGGAACAAAUGGUGGGUUUGCCAGUGUCUGCUUCUAACGAUCAUUUGAAGAAGCACGAAGAAGAGAAGAAGAAGCUUGAAGAGGAGAAGAAGAAGUUUGAGGCAGAGAACAAGAAGCUUGAAGAGGAGAACAAGAAGUUUGAGGCAGAGAAGAAGAAGCUUGAAGAAGAGAAGAAGAAGCAUGAUGAAGAGAAGAAGAAGCUUGAAAAUGAAGUUAUAUGUGCUAAUGAGAGGGAAAAAAUGCUUAGGCAGUUGAUUGUGUUGUCUUGGGGAUGUUUCAUUGUUGUAAUUGCAAUGUGCCUUGGAAUGGGAAAGAAGUAGGUUGUGUAAGGGUUUAGGGUUGUCAUUGUUGUUGCUAGUUUGUUGUGUUGCUGUUGUAAAACUCUGAUCACCAAAUUGUUGUUGCU